GAUCGAUGGUAUGUGAGCUGAAGAAAUGACCAAAAAGUUGCCGUGAAUGUGUGCAGUUUUGGAGGCAUGUCGAGUCAAUUUAGGCGUCAUUUUGCUUUGGAGUACCACAAGAAUUUUGCAAAGAAAAGCGGAUACAUUUUGGUUGUAGAGCACAGCAGGUUGGUGAGGGUAGAAAGACUGUGAAGAAAAAAAUUAUUGUAUUUGACGUAAUGUGCAAAAGAGCAACACACUUACACCGUAACCGAAAAAAGGCGUCAAUGGUGCAUUAAAUGACUGCCUUUACUAUAAAUACUUUGCUGGAUUUGCUGGAAUGGCACAGUAUCGUGAUCAAAUUGUAGAGUUAAACACCUCUUUUGUAGUGCUACCGUAGUAACUUAUUCUUAGUUUACCAUUCCUGUGAAAAUAAAGAUGGUCCUGAUGCAUGUUAUUGCUGUUGUCUGUGCUUUGGUGGCAUCCUGUGGAGCCUACGUGGCGCAGGAUCAUCAUCCUGUUGGGUAUUCCUAUGCCAAAUUCAGUGGCCCCGUGAGUGGACCUGAGCAUGAGGUGCACGUUAAAGAUGAUCACAGUCAUGGUGUCAAAGUGGACUACAUCGCCAAGCCAGACUAUCACUUUGCCUACGGUGUUGAGGAUCCCAAGAGCCACGUGUCCCAAAGCAGGAAAGAGACGAGACACGGAGAUGCCGUCCACGGAGAGUACAGCGUGAUCGACCCCGAUGGUACGCAGAGACUCGUCAAGUACACAGCCGACAAGCACAACGGUUUCCAGGCACAAAUCUUCACAAAUGGUAAACUCGAGGUUCAUGGAGACGGUGGCCAUCAUCAGGGAGGUGGCCCCUCAGGGCACCACGAACAGUUCACGCAUCACAGCGGUGAAAGCAGUGAGGAGGAUGAUGAGUACUAAAAAGGAUCACCCCGACUCAGGCGCUCAUUCCAGUCAUGCUAUAUAUUUUCCUUCAAAAAUCAUGUGAUAGAGACACAGAAGCUUCAUCUGCCCACAUCCAUUUCAACAUCACUCCCUUUUUACAAAAGAAAAAAAGUUGUGAUAUAAAUAGCAGGUUAGAUGUUAGAGUAUUAAGUGUUCUCGUGACUUUCGCGUCAACGAA